CAGAGGUCAGUGUUACAUCUCCCAUCUCUAAUGGAUGCACCAGUGCUCUAUGCUGAUUUAAAUUUAGCCGAGACCCAAGGGCUCAGGAGUACAUCACCUCCACCUCUCCCCCAAGAUGUCUGUCAUGAAUCAGGCUGGCAUCGGGUGGCUCUGAAACUCAGCUGUGCUGGGCUGAUCUUUCUUCUGAUGGGACUCAGUGUUGUCGUGGGAUUAUUGGUGCAAAAAUCAUCAAUAGAAAAAUGCAGUGUGGCUACUCAAGAAAACAGGACUGAACCAACAGGGAGACCAGCCAUACUAGAGUGCCCAAGAGAUUGGCAUCUACACUGGGAUAAAUGCUUAUUUAUUUCUCAGACAUCCAGACCUUGGGCUGAAGGUCUAACUGAUUGUUCUUUGAGAGGAGCCAGUUUGCUGCUCAUUCGAGAUGGAGAAGAAUUGAGAUUAUUGCAGGACUUCUCAAGGGGAAAAGGACAACAAUUUUAUAUUGGACUAAAAUAUGUACAAGUGGACAAGGUUUGGAAGUGGAUGAAUGUUUCUAUUUUAAAUACUAAUCUAUUAAAAAUCACUGGCAAGGAUGAAGAAAACAGCUGUGCCCUCAUCUCGCACACAGAAGUGUUUUCUGAUUCCUGUUCUUCAGACAACCAUUGGAUCUGCCAAAAGAUGCUGAACCGUGUCUGAAACCUUGUGUCCUGACUCCUGAUUGUGAAUCUCAUCUCUAUUACUUCACUAUUCACACCAGAUCUAUGCAUUGAACAACCUUUGCUGUUGGCCCACCCAGUGUACAGUUAGUGGCAUAAAACCUGAACUCCAAAACCAUGGUGACUCUUACAGAUGCUCAUGUACAGUUUCUUUAUUGUGUCAAUGUAAAUGUACACAGACUCAGAUGUGCUAUUCUAAGAGAGGAGUUCUACAGAGGGAAACUCAGGUCAGCAGAGGCACUGGAGUCUGUGUAGUUUUUGCUACUCUCUGUGCCUGAGGUCAU